CACAAAAAUGUCUAUUGGACCCAAAGGGACAUUUUGAUGUCAUUAGUUUUCUUUCUGAGUGUAUUUUAAUUUUUAUUUGUGUUUUAAUUUUCUGUUAAUUCCCCAUCAUGACGGAUCCCAGCCUCAAAAAAUACGAAUCUCUGAUUUUCGAUAGUGAAACAACUUAUAAAGACAAUUUCCGCGUUUGGGAGUUAAAGCCGGAUGUAAAGACUACGUAUAAAGUGAAGAAGCCCGCCCUUAGGCCGUGCCCGGUCCCGUUGAAGGACUUACACGCCCUCACGGCUUGGAGAGACCCAAACGUACCUUUUGACCUGUACCAUAGACCCAAAGGGAUCAUUCGUACUGAUCCUAGGGUAAUUCAGAAGAGUUAUGAUAAACCACCAGAUUUGGACCGGGAGAAAGUUCAGAAGACGCGGCCCAAGGUGCUGAUAACUCCCGCGCUAGACAUAGAUUCCCUCGAAGAGCCUCAUCGUCAGAGGCUGGUAGACAAUAUGUACACAUCCACAACAGCGAAGGCUCUGAAGGACGCCGUGACGCUAGCGCACUUGGAAGGAGUCAGGGCACCACUGUCCGAAGUCUAUGCGAGAUGCAACCCGGUAGCCCUAGAGCCGGUGAAGGAGCCCUACGUGUCUCCGGAGUGGCGCAUGGACAGCAUGAGGUGGGAUAAACGCCAGCUCAGGACCUAUACUGAGCCCACUAAGGAGUUCUGGCUUUCUAGAGGACUUUCUCAUUGUCCGGAAUUCAAGGCCACGGGAAGACCGACGAAUCAAAGAAGGGGUUUCUGAAUCAACGUAGCUUUAUUGUCAAACUUAAACGUAUAACAUUAGUUGUAGACUGUAGUACAUUGUGUUUGUUAUAUUACAAAUGAGUGCAGAAAUAAUGCAUUUAGAAUGGCUGGUGAUGGGAGUCCCAUAAACGAUAUAUCGAUUUUUAUAUCGAUUAACACAUGAAAAGUGGGAUUUAUGUUUUUUUUUGUAUGUAUGAUCUAUAAUAUCGUGAUUUUUGUGGAAAAUCUAAUUUGGCAACUUUAUUUAUGUAAAAUGUAAA